GCGAUUGGAAAAAUAAGAAGCAAACAUGGCCGACGACAUCAACGAAGAGCAUCCUCUUGAUACUGUUAUUUCGAGCUUUGAGGACGCUUUUGAUCAUCCAGAAUUGUAUCUUAAACCUCCCACUUCUCUUCAUAAGAAUACGUUAAUUGCAAUCAAGCAGAUAUUUGACUUUUGCAAGAGAGAUGAACUACGUGGAAAGCGUUCUGUUGCGAGCACGUGUCCUUUGCAGGAACUCUUGAUCGAAAAUUUUGAUGAUGAACAGAUAUGGCAAGAAAUUGAGCUGCAGAAUACUCCUUUGAUGCGUGGACUUAAGCAAGAAAUUUUAGAUUUGAAAGAAAAUCCUAACAAGCUUUCUCUUUUACUUGGAGGAAGACAUAUCGUGAAUCACAGACAGGACUUGGAAGAGAAAAAAGCCAAUUUUGGAAAUGACAACGGCGAAGUAAAACAUGCAGAGAAUUCUGAUGAUCAGUUUGAUAAAGAUGAUGAAAAUGGUGAUGAAGACGAUAAUGAUGAUGACAUCAGCUGCAAUGAUGAUGAUGAUGACUACAAUGACAAUGGUGGAGAUCAUGAAGAGGAAGAUGCCAAUAUUAAUGAUGAUGAUAGUAGAGAAGUUAGCUUUUCUAAUGGUGGUAACAGGAAAUCAAGACCAUCCAAGAAAAAAUCUCAAGUUGAUGACACUUUCUUCAAACUUUCUGAUAUGCUUGAAUUUUUAGAUAAAGAGGACAGAAAAUAUGAAAGAGCUUAUAAAAAGGACAACAAAAUAAAUGAUGAGGAUGUUAGUGGCAAAGAAGAUAUUGAGCCUAUUGACUACUUUAUCGAAAUGGAUAGUGAUGACACUGAUGAUGAUGAAGAUGAGGGGUGGAGUGAAGCUAUAGAUGCAACAGAGUCACUUGUUAGAAGAAAAAAGGAGAAAAAUAGGAAAGUAACCAGAAGGAAAACAUCUGCUAUCAAAAUGAAAUAUGCAGACUUCUUUGAUCCCCCUGAGGGAGAGGAUGGCGAUGGAACAAAUGAACAAAAUGGGGAUGUUGACAAAGAUGAAGAAGAAGAAGAAAUGGAAGUAGAUACAGAAGCUGAUACAGAUCAAGACACAGAGGAUGAUGAAAUUGCUUCUAUAGGUCACAAGGAAGAGGAUACUAAAAUAUUGUCAAAUUUUGAGAAAAAACAAGAAAGGUUAAAACAGAAAAUUGAAAAGCUAGAGAAAGCCAACUUGGCUGAAAAACCCUGGCAGAUGUCAGGAGAAACUGGUGGAACUGUGCGACCAAUCAACAGCUUGCUUGAAGAAGAUGUCAGCUUUGACCAUGCAACCACUUCUGCUCCAGACAUAACAGAGGAGACAACACAAAACUUGGAGGAUAUAGUGAAACAGCGCAUCAAAGAUGAGGCAUGGGAUGAUGUUGAGCGUAAAGUUAAGCCUGUCGCUGAGCCAUAUGAGUACAAGAAAAAGUUACCUCUGGAUCAAGAAAAGAGCAAAUUAAGUCUUAGCCAGAUCUACGAACAGGAAUAUCUUAAACAAACACAGGUGGAAGCUGAAGAGAAAGAAAUUGAAGAGCAUGCAGAGAUCAAAGCCUUGAUGACAAAACUUUUUGUAAAGCUAGACGCUUUGUCAAACUUUCAUUUUACACCUAAACCACCCAAACCAGAACUUAAAGUUGUCAGUAAUGUCCCAGUGAUAUCUGUAGAAGAAGUGACCCCAGCAACUGUGAGUGAUGCAAUGAUGUUGGCUCCAGAGGAGGUCCAUGAAAAGAAGAGAGAUCAGAAAGGAAGUUCUGAGAAAACAGACACUGACAGAAAACGCGACAGAAGGGCCAAGAAAAGAAGGCAACAUGACCAAGCUGCGGCAAGAGGAAAGAAAGCCAAACUUAAGGAAAAGCUCAAACCUGGCCUGGGAAACAAGUAUUCUAAAAAGGCUGCUCUAAAGAAAUUGGAAAAAGAUCAGACAUCUCAAAAAAAUGUGUCUGUGUUGAGAGACGAAGGUAGUGAUAAACCUGUCAAAACUUCAUCAACCUUCUUUUCUCGCCUUCAAGAUGAAGUCAGGGAUCAAGUAAAAGCUAAGAAAGAUAGUAAGAAAAAAAAGGAGAAGUCGGCUGCUAAAGUGUCCCAAUUGAAACUCUGAAGUCAAAGCAUGGUGUGGUUCUACAUUCUGCUUGUCUAAAUGAUUACUGAGCAAUUCUGCAUGAGUGACCUGUCAACAGUCGCGAUGUGAGGUUGCAUUGGAAGAUUUGUGUGUCAAGUAUGGACACGCACACCUCUGAAGCUAAUUUAAAUUAUAAAAUUAGUGAACAAGUUCAGAAGUAAAUUCUGUUCGUGAUGAUACACAAUAAAGGUAUCUGAGAGAAGAAGGUCUAUAACCAUAUGUCUAUCAUCUCUAGUCCUGUUUUCUGAAGCAAAACAAGUAAUCAAUUGCUGUUGAUAACUUUGGUGGAGCUUAAAUAAAAGAAUUUGUUUGAUAGUCA